CAUCUCCUGUAGCUGGAACCCCCCACCGAGGUGUUCGAUCUUGGGUCAGCAGCAGCAACCGAUGGUGGGUGGUGGGAGGUCGUAGUACAAGUACUAGCAAUUUAACAAAGUUCAUUCGCCACUGCAUGGUUAGUGUUCUGAGUGAGGCAAAACUGACAGAAGAUGAAGGAGGAUAUUAUGUUUGACAACCAAACAAAGCCAUGCAAAUCGAGGGUUGACUCCAAAAGCAAUGUAAAUGUCCUAAAACCAAAAUUUGGAUCCUCCUGGGGUUCCCAGAUUGUCAAAGGGUUCACAGCUGACAAAAAGACCAAAAAGACAGCAGCUGCAGGAAGCAAGAAGCCACCUCUUGCAAGUGUGGAAAAUGUUGUUAACACGAACAACCAACAGAUUCCAUAUCAUUCUAGGGUUAAGAGAUCUCUUAUGGGAGAUUUCCCUUGUUCACCUGCUGGUGCCCAGGUUCACCCCCAUGUCUUUGAUUGCCAUGGCAUCAGGUCCCCAGCUUCGCAUGAUCUUUUUCUUGAAUUGGAUCAUCUCAGGGAACAACUACGUGAGUCGAAGGAAAGGGAGCUAGUAUCACAGUCAGAGCUGCGGCAAUGCAGAGAAAAUCCAAGAGUUUCAGAACUUGAAAAGCAGCUUGAUUCAAGAAAGAAUGAAAUUGACAGGCUCGUGCGUCUUAAAACUUCAUUAGAAGCUGAGAAAACAAGCCUGUCUGAACAACUAUCAGCUCUAUCUUCUAUGGUAGAGCAGCACGAAGAAAAUGCAAGGUUGGAUGGGCAUGGCAAUCGGGUUUCUAGUAUGGAUGGGGGCAAUGCGUCUUCUUCAGAAAAUUUGGAGUUUGAAGUUGUUGAGCUGCGACGUUUAAACAAAGAGCUUCAGUUUCAGAAACGAAACCUCGCAAUUAAACUCGCCUCAGCAGAGUCCAAAUUGGCUGGCAUUGAAAAGGACGCCGAGAGCGAGAUAGUUGCAAAGGUUCAAGCUGAGGCUUCAUUGCUGCGACACACAAACGCAAACUUGAGCAAGCAGGUUGAGGGCCUGCAAAUGAGCCGACUAACUGAAGUUGAAGAGCUUGCUUAUCUUCGGUGGAUCAAUUCUUGUCUACGUCAUGAGCUCAGUAACUCAGAUCAAGCAGCAAGAGCAAUGACAGAUGGAGAUUUUAGUGAUGGUAUGGUUUGUCAUGUUGAUGAUUGUGAUGGUGAUGAAAGGCUUGCUGAGAACAGCUCUGAUCAUAAGAAAUUCAGCAUUGCUGAGCGUAUCAAGCAAUGGUCUCAGAAUGAUAAGAAUUGCGAAGCAUCUAAAAAGGAGGCCCUUCUUGACAGAGCAUGGAUUGAAGCUGCAGAAUGCAGAAGCCCGACACGCAGGCACUCACUAGGUGGACCAAAAGGAUGUGCUCAGGAGUUUAGCAUUGUGAAGAGGCGGCAAUCUGAUACCUUUAUCUGCCUUCCUGAAGCGACAGAUGAGUCACUCUCCUGUACCAAGGAUGAGACAAUCAGAGAGAAGCGUGAACUUCUUGUGGAGAAGUAUGAUUUUGGUCGAUCUGAAAGUGCAAGAUUUCUUCUUGGCAAGUCAGAAAUAUGCAAGACUCAAAGUAUGGAUAUCGAAAAGCGUGCCUUGCGUAUUCCAAACCCUCCACCUAGACCUUCAGUUUCUGCGCCACAUUCUGGUCCAUCAAAUGGAUCAGCUGCGAAUCCACCGAAGCCGCCGCCGCCGCCGCCUCCUCCAAAGUUUUCCACAAGAAAUGCUGGGGUCAUGAAGAGGGCACCACAAGUUGCAGAACUUUACCAUUCACUUAUGAGGAGGGACUCAAAAAAGGAUGCUUCUGGGAGUGGAAUCUGUGAAGCUGCUAACUCUGCAAAUGUGCGGAGUAGCAUGAUAGGUGAAAUUGAGAACCGUUCUUCGCACUUGCAGGCUAUCAAGGCAGAUGUUGAGACUCAAGGUGAAUUUGUGAAAUCGCUGAUCAAGGAGGUAACAAAUGCAGCUUACAAAGAUAUAGAAGAUGUGGUGGCGUUUGUGAAGUGGCUUGAUGAUGAGCUUGGUUUCCUGGUGGAUGAGAGAGCAGUGCUGAAGCAUUUUGAUUGGCCAGAAAGGAAGGCGGACACUCUUCGAGAGGCAGCUUUUGGCUACCAAGACCUGAAAAAAUUGGAAUCUGAAGUUUCAAACUAUAAAGACGAUCCACGCCUUCCAUGUGACAUUGCACUGAAGAAAAUGGUUACAAUAUCAGAAAAGACGGAGCGGAGUGUCUACAAUCUACUGAGGACAAGGGAUGCUACGAUGAGGCAGUGUAAAGAGUUUAAUAUUCCUACUGACUGGAUGCUCGACAACAAUCUUAUUGGCAAGAUAAAAUUUUCUUCAGUUAAAUUAGCAAAGAUGUAUAUGAAAAGAGUUGCAAUGGAACUUCAAUACAUGGGACCUCUGAACAAAGAUCCAGCUUUGGAGUAUAUGCUACUUCAGGCUGUGAGAUUUGCCUUCAGAAUGCAUCAGUUUGCUGGAGGAUUCGAUCCAGAGACCAUGGAUGCAUUUGAAGAGCUGAGGAAUCUUGUGCAUGUCAGAAAUAGCACCCAGUAGGAAGUAGAAAAAAUGUGGAGAGGGGGAUAAUUCUAGCUUACUCUCUCAGUAAGCAUAUCAGACAGCUUAUUUUGCUUUAUGUGUUUGUGUGAUUGAUGAUUAGUGUGUGCAUGACUGUAUGUAUGUGUGGCAGUGUGUGCUAGGCUGAAGAAAUCAGCUGGUGUUUGCCUAGGAUUUUUGUAGUUACCAUGACUGAAAAAGAGAAAAAAAAGCACGAAACUUUCCUUGUAUGUUUUUUAUGACCUAAAAAAUGAGCCAUGCCA